AUGGAUCCAUUCCGUUACCGCAAGGCUUAUGCGGCGAUGCUCCAGGCGACACAGCUUAUUGAGCAACGACUCCAUCAGAGCGUUGACUUGGAAGUCAGGCAGCCCGAGCAGCAUGACGAAUCUGUUGCUGCGUUUCAAGACCAGGAUCCGGAUAGCAUGGACUGGACGCCCACUGGGGGUAUGACGCCUACCACGGCUGCAGAAUGUGGACCACCACCUUCGCUGUCUGAAAAGUUGCGACCGCUUCUGCCUGGUGGUGGUGAUGGCGAUAUUCAAGCCAUAGAUCGAGGGGACAACGCUGCACUGCUCCAAAAACUAAAGGAGGGCAAACUCAUGGACGAGUGUAUCGACAAACUCGUGCAAGAUUUGCCGGAGGCGCUCAGCUACAAUAAAUCUGCGGCAUUCACUCCUUCCACAAUAGAGGUUCCCAAAGACUUUGGGCUGCAGCUGUCGAUCUCUAUCAAUCAUCACAUGGCACAGAUAGCAGAUCGGCAAGCGUUGGAAAAAUAUCGACGACUGCUGGGUCAUCGCAAAGAUGCAGCAAAACGCAGACCCGUCAAGCUUGGAUUCGAUCCAGUUGAGUUGAUCAGGAAGCAAGCUGUUGCGUUUGCUGAGAACGUCCCCUCUCCAGAAUGUACGCUCAAGAAUGAAGUCCAUUCCAUCUUCCGCCCAGAAAACUGGCAUGGGUGCCCUGAUAAUAUUUACGAAGUGCUCAGGCCGGGCAUGCAGCUUGCGACAUUGUUCCUGACCUCUCGAGCCACAGCUCACUACUGGCACACGCUCGUGUUUGGCGAACGAGAAGCGUGCCUGAAGACCUCAGAAGCGUACGGCCAGCCAUGCCAUCGUAUCCGUGAAGACGUGCCUUGGUCCGAGGAGCGACAUGCGGCUUUCAACAAUUUCUUGAGCAAUCAGCUGGAUACUGUGUACUUCUGCUUCCACAACAACCCUCUGCCACCAGAAACCGUGUACGCAUCGAUGGGCCUGGUGCGAGACUACAAGAACGGCUUGCUACGCAAGAUGAACGACAAGUGCCAUACGAGUCGCAUCUGCUUGCACUCGGACUUCUACACUACCGCGAAGAAGCUGAGUCUUCUGCGGUAUCGAGAGCCGGCCAUGGUCCUGCGGUUCAACCUGUUCCUCGCCAUCUGCCUCAGUCACGAGAUUGCACACUUCUGCGAAGUGUCAGGCCCCCAUCACGACCAUCCGUUGCUGUCGGAGCCCGAGGUCUUCUGGGGCGACAACAUGUGGACAGAGAGUGGCAUUGCCUUUGAAACCAAGGUCUUUGGCGGACGCAUACAUCCUCUGUCUAGCCGCAUUGACUGCAGCCUGGGCUUGGCAUGUCUCGACUACCCGCUCAAGGAGCUCUACGACAAGGACGAAAACGUUCUCUACGCUCUGCCCAUGGACUACAUCCUCAAGCUGCAGCAGGACGAGACCUGGCAGCAGGACUUUAGCAAAACGGGCGCUGAGAUUUUCUUUGUCCCGCGAAACGGCAGCCGGUCUGUCGAGAUCAACGGCGCAAACCUGAUGAUGUGGGAGGAUGAGAACCAAGCCGACAUAUCCGAUCACAUUGACGGCAAGGAGACGGAGUGGAAGCGCAUGGACGACGGUUCCAUCGCCAAGAACCCAAACUCGAACAAUCGCAAGCCACAACGGCCGCCUGCCGUACAACGGUGGAGUCCGUAUGGUCACAAAAGGAAGAAUACGGCUGAGAGGGUGUCGUGUGUAUCGACAGAAGUAGUCGAUGGUGUGGAAGAUGCUGUGCCGGGAGCAGCCGAGUCAGAUGUUGAUGCAGGGGGAGACGGUAGUGUUGAGGAAGCAAGCGUGGUCCCAGAUCAAGACAUGGCGUGA